ACACAUGUCUGCUGCCUUCACUUCUUCUUUCCUCCAGACAAGUUUAACACAGAUAAGAACUUGGUUGACUGUUUUUUGUUUAGGAGGCCUAGAAAAGUUGACAUCAACGAACUUGUUGAUUUAUGUUGAAUAGCCAAUGAGCAAUGACUUCAUGGAGAAUAGCUGUGAUAAUCUUUACUGUGAGUAUUCAACAAGUGUGGGGUGGAGAUGAAAUUACCGGUUAUGCUGGCCAAUCAGUUGUCUUAAAAUCUGGCAUGGACACAUCAUGGAACCUCGCCAAAGUUGAAUGGUCCAUCUUAAAAAAUACAACAUAUAUAGCAACUCUGAGAGAUGGCGUGUUGGCAGUAAACAGGUUUUGGAGAUACAAGGGGCGCCUUGAGCUCAACAAUAAAACAGGAGAUUUAACUAUUAAAAAUGUGAGAAUAGAUGACAGCAUGAUAUACACUGUGACCCUGGUAAACAAAAGUGAAACGCGGGAAGAGAAAAAAUUUUAUCUAACAGUCAAAGAACAACUCAAAAAGCCAAAUAUCAUACAAGUGUUCAGUUCCCUCAAGAAGGGGCAAUGUCACUUCCUACUUAUGUGUAAUGCAUCUGAUGAAAAUGCCAAGUUGUCCUGGACGCCUUUGAGUGGGCUCGAUGUAUACUAUAUUUCAGGAUACGCAGACAUCACCAAGCCUAUUCUUUGGAUGGAAUUCAGUGGCAACAGAAAUGUGACCCUAAAUUGCAUUGCCUCCAGUGGUCAACAGACUGAGUCCAAGCAAAUAACAGUGGGAUGUGUAGAGGAGAUCAUAAUGCCAGAACCUCACCGUUCAUGCAGUUGUGCUUCCAUGGUUUUGUGGUGGAUUUUGUGUACAGCUGCUGUGAUUAUUCUCUGUGGUUUACUAUAUGCUAAAAAAGAUAAGUUGAAAGCAGCCUGGGUUGAUGGUCCUCUCCAUGUCUUUCAGUGUCUAUUCAAAUGUUAAAACCUAUACUGCAAAAACAAAGUUUUUAAAAUAAAUUAAUUAUUAAAACAUAUAUAUAUAUAUAUAUUUUAAAUAUAUUUUAAAAUAUACAAAAAAUGUUUUGGAAUACGUUUAAAAAAUACAAUUUUCACAAAUAUAUUUUUGCCCAUUUUUGUGUAUUUUGAAAUAUAUUUAAAAUUUUAAAUCAAGGGAAAUAUAUUUACGUCACACUGAAAGAAACAUGACAGGUUUAAAAAGGAUAAAAUUAACUACUAAUUUUCAACUUCAAAAUAUAUUUUAUAAAUUAGAUUUAGCAUAUAAUAAUUACUUGUAAGCAUAUAUUUGAAACAUAUUUUUGGCCAGAGAAAUUAUAAUUUUUUGCACGCUUCAUGCCAAACUAGGGCUGUCACUUUUGAGAAAAAUCAAAUUUGAACGGAUUUCGAAUAUCAUGCAAUGUAUCCAAAUAAAUACGAAUAACUGGGCACCUCCCACCCCCCCGGCGCGCAUCAAAAACCCACCGUAAUGGAGAUUCAAUCACAAAAUUAUUAACAGUGACAGUCAUAAACUGGGCUGUCUGGAUUACCUUUUUACUUAAUGUUUGAAACAGCAGGUUAUCAACGUAUGAAUACAAAACUUAUAUAUGAAAAAACGAUUCAGAACAGUUACAAACAAUAACGUGACAACUAGGGAUGUUAACCGAUGACCGUUUGACCGAUGGUUGACCGUAUCAACGUUAACCGGUCAAAGUUGUCGGUU